AUGGCUAACCUCCGAAAAACCCACCCACUCCUAAAAAUUGCAAACGACGCACUAGUUGACCUCCCAGCCCCCUCAAACAUUUCCGUUUGAUGAAACUUUGGAUCUCUACUAGGCCUCUGUCUAGCCGCCCAAAUCCUGACAGGCCUUUUCCUAGCCAUACACUAUACUUCCGACAUCGCCACAGCCUUCUCCUCCGUUGCUCAUAUUUGUCGAGAUGUAAACUACGGCUGACUCAUUCGAAACAUACAUGCCAACGGCGCAUCUUUCUUCUUCAUUUGUAUUUAUCUCCACAUCGGACGAGGCUUAUAUUACGGCUCUUACCUGUACAAAGAAACCUGAAACAUUGGAGUCAUUCUCCUCCUCCUAACUAUAAUAACAGCCUUCGUAGGCUACGUCCUCCCAUGAGGACAAAUAUCAUUCUGAGGCGCUACCGUCAUUACCAACCUUCUCUCCGCAAUCCCUUACAUUGGCAAUUCCUUAGUCCAAUGAAUCUGAGGGGGAUUCUCCGUAGACAAUGCCACCCUAACUCGCUUUUUCGCCUUCCAUUUCCUCUUCCCCUUCAUCAUUGCAGCUGCAACAAUAGUCCACUUAAUUUUUCUUCACGAAACUGGAUCUAAUAACCCCACAGGCCUAAACUCAGACGCCGACAAAAUCUCAUUUCACCCCUACUUUUCUUACAAAGACUUAUUAGGCUUCGCAAUUCUUUUAAUUGCCCUUAUUUCUUUAGCCCUCUUCUCCCCCAAUCUACUUGGUGAUCCUGACAACUUCACCCCCGCAAACCCUCUAGUUACCCCUCCCCACAUUAAACCCGAAUGGUACUUCUUAUUUGCCUACGCCAUCCUACGCUCAAUUCCCAACAAACUUGGUGGAGUCCUCGCCCUCUUAUUCUCAAUCCUUGUCCUGAUAGUUGUACCCAUUCUCCAUACCUCUAAACAACGAGGCCUAACCUUCCGCCCUAUCACACAAUUCUUAUUCUGACUUUUAAUUGCAGACGUCGCCAUCCUCACUUGAAUUGGAGGCAUGCCCGUUGAACACCCCUUCGUCAUUAUUGGCCAAAUUGCAUCUUUCCUCUACUUCUUCCUCUUCCUCGUUCUCGCCCCUAUUACCGGCUGGCUAGAAAACAAAAUCCUUGAGUGACACU